CGCACGCACGCGCCGAACGUCUAAACAAAAACUCGCACGCGUUCUUCUCGAAGAACCGUCCUCGACCUCAGUCGCGCACGCACAAAACCUCUCCAAACACGAUGGCUUCCGCGCUCGGAUUCGCGACCGCGGUGCGCGCGCGCCCCGUCGCCGCGCAAAAGCGCGCGACGGCGCCGAAGGCGCGCAGCGCGCGCGUCGUCACGCAGGCGAAACGCGAUGGUCCGGUUAUCAUCGGUUUGGCCGCGGACUCCGGAUGCGGCAAGUCGACGUUCAUGCGACGCAUGACGUCGCUGUUCGGCGGCAAGGCGACGCCGCCCGAGGGUGGGAACCCGGACUCGAACACGCUGAUUUCGGACACGACGACGGUGCUUUGCUUGGAUGAUUACCACUUGAACGACAGGCAAGGACGCAAGGAUAGCGGUUUGACGGCGUUGAACCUCAAGGAGCAAAACUUUGACUUGAUGUACGAACAAGUUAAGGCGCUCAAGGAAGGCAAGUCCGUGGAUAAGCCGAUCUACAACCACGUCACCGGUGUCUUCGACCCGGCGGAGAAGAUCGAGUCCCCGGAGGUUCUCAUCCUCGAAGGUCUUCACCCGUUCGCGGACACCCGCGUGCGCGACAUGUUCGACUUCAAGAUCUACUUGGACAUCUCCGACGAAGUGAAGUUCGCGUGGAAGAUCCAACGCGACAUGGCGGAGCGUGGUCACUCCCUUGAGUCCAUCAAGGCGUCCAUCGAAGCGCGCAAGCCGGAUUUCGACGCCUUCGUCGACCCGCAAAAGGAGUUCUCCGAUGUCAUCAUCCAAGUGCUCCCGACCCAGCUCAUCCCGGAUGACAACGAGGGUAAGAUCUUGCGCGUGCGCAUGAUCAUGAAGGAAGGCCUCGAAAACUUCGACGCUCCGUUCUUGUUCGACGAAGGUUCCACCAUCUCUUGGAUCCCGUGCGGCCGUAAGUUGACGUGCUCCUACCCGGGCAUCAAGUUCUUCUACGGUCCGGACACCUUCUACGGCAAGGAAGUCACCGUGCUCGAAAUGGACGGUCAAUUCGACAAGCUCGAAGAGCUCAUCUACGUCGAAUCCCACUUGUCGAACACCUCCACGAAGUUCUACGGCGAGAUCACGCAACAAAUGCUCAAGUACCAAAACGGCCCGGGCUCCAACAACGGUACCGGUUUCUUCCAGACCAUCGUUGGCCUCAAGGUGCGUGAAGUGUACGAGCGCAUCGCGGAGAAGGAGGUUGUCGUUAAGUAAGCUUAGAUUCAACUCCCGAUUUAGGACGCCGACGCGUCGCUCGUUCUAGCACGAGCGACGAAGAAGCCUGCAAUAUUAACGCGA